AUGGAGUCGGAGCAGGCGCUGAAGAUCUCGUCGCUGGCCGCCAGGCUCGAGCUGCAGAGGCACAAUGCUGAGGCUUUAGCACAUGAUGCGACGAGUCAGCUGUCUAUGCAGCUCCAUGACUCACUGGCUGAGGUAAUUAGAGUAGUUAAGGUCAUUCUUCAACGCGUGGAAGGUGUCACCAGUUCUCUAGGUAACAGAGCCCUAUUGCUAGAGCCCUAUUGGCGGAUGGUGUCGGAGCAGGCGCUGAAGAUAUCCUCCCUCGCAGCCAGGCUUGAACUACAGCGGCACAAUGCUGAGGCUUUGGCUCAUGAUGCGACGAGUCAGCUGUCUGUGCAGCUUCAUGACUCAUUGGCUGAGGUACAAAGACUGAAGGAGGAGCUAGACACCAAAGAUAAACAGCUGGCGCGACUGAGACAGAGCGCGGGUGAUCGUGACGCGAGCGAGAAAGACGACAGUACACAUGGCGACUCUUGCAACACAAAGGACAAGAUCACGAUCUUGGAACGCGAGCUGUCAUCAGCUCAAUCCCGGCUAGCGCAGCUGACCUCGGUGGUGCAGGCGCUGGAGACCGAUAGAGAGGUCUUGACUCGCCGGUUGAAGGAUGCGCAUAGGGUCAUUGCGGAGAAGAAGGCGCAGGUUGAUGAGCUUAUGGCUUUAAAACUAGAUGAUGACGACAUGCAGAAAUCUGAACAAAAGAGUGAGGUAAUUGAAGGAAAAACCUCAGCCAGGACUCUCAGUGACAUCGUGUCUAUAUCAGACUUCGACGAACAAGACUUGCAGAUGAGGCGAGCAGAACUUAGGCAGAACACCAGUCUGAACGCUCCCUACGUCACAGAAACUAGAGACAAAAUGGCGAAUAGAACACUCCCGCCUGAUGUCCAGCGAGCGAAUAUGAGCUCUCUAAAUAUAGACUUUACGGACCAUUUUGAAUUGGGACACUUCACUCCACGAGCUGAUUCGUUGCCGCUACAAUUCACUUCCACACAGACCAAAGAUAGUAUCAAGAAUUUUAAGAGGAAUAUUAAUGAAACUACAAUCUUCGGGACGGCUGAUAGAUUUGGCGACAGUGUGAAACAUUCAACUGCCGUCAAUAUACCUGAUAACUGCUCUAUGUAUCCAAAUAGAGACGUGAACGACAGCAAAGGACAUAGUGUAGAUCCUAAGAAGAUAGAUUUCUCGCUGGAACCCUCACAAGAUAAUAAAACCAACGAUGACAAUGAAUUCACAUCGCUGCGAGAGCUGGGAAUCGUUUUGGAUAUAAAACAAGAGAAUUUCCCCGACAUACUGUCUCAACUAAAACAUGAAAUCAAAAAGUCUAAAUCUGAACUAGAUGUUUGUAAGACCGAGCUAAAGUACGCUGAAGAACAGCUGUGUGAGUUCCCAGCAUUGAAGGAAGAAGUAGAGGAACUCAAAGGUCUUCUAGAAAAUACUAUGGCGACCAUGGAAACUGAUAAGAAGUUCUAUGAAAACCAGUUAGAUCAGUUCUCCACAAACAAGAAAAAUAUGGAACAACGUUUAGCGGAGCUGUCACAAGAGGUCAACGACAAAUCUAAGGACCUUCAUUUGCUCAAAGAAGAUAUCCUCAGACGGGAAAAUAUGAUCCUCGAAUUAGCAAAAGAAAAACGUAAUCUGACUAAUAAAAUGACAGAGCUCGAAGUAAAGAUAGAUGAACUCCAGAGCAGAAAUACUGCGCUAGAGAAGUUUGAAUUUGAAAACCAUCAAUUAAGAGACAAAGUGGCUGAACUACAAAAGUUACAGCAACUAGUGUCAGAAAAGAACCAGCAAAUAGAUAGCCUCAACCAACAUCUAGAUAGACUAGACGACCUACAGAGAAACCUAAACGACAAGACUGAAGAAUUUGAGUCCCUAAAAGAAGCAUUUGAAGAAAAAUCCAACGAGCUGUUCCAAAUGCAGGACACAGUAGAAGCACUAAACAGAGAUCUCGCAAAUGUGCACGAAGACAACAACAAACUCAACCUUAGCAACAAGGAAUUAAAGCUCAAACUCACAAAACUAGAGAAAGAGCAAGAGAACCAAUCAUUAAAACUACAAAGCCACGAAACUGAACUAGAGAGAGUAAAUUCUCUAAACACGGAACUGACUUCAAAAAUAGAAGAACUGAAAGAUCUUACAGACAAACUGAAAGACAAAGAGACAGAAAUAGAGAUUCUGAAUGAAGACAUCAAUUCUUAUCACGAGGAAAUAGCCUCCUUGAAGGAACAGUUGAAGAUGGUGUCCAGGAGUCCGUCACCAAAGAGUAAGAACGAGGAUGAGCGAAGUAGAGACAGACAAGCCAGCAAUGAUAAGAAACAGCUAGUGAAGAUACGCAAGCAGAUAUCACUUCUGCAACAUGAGUUAGACUUCAAUAAGAAAGAGCUGAAUGAUAAGGCCUUCGAGCUAGCGAAAGCUCGUCUGGACGUGACAGAACUAAAGUCCACCCUAAGCCAGGAGUCCAAACUGCUCGCUGAAAGGGACCAGGAGAACAGAAGACUGGAGGAGGCAGAGCGGACAUUGCGUCAGGAAGUGGAGGCUUUGACCAGAGAGAAGCAGGGGCUGGGAGAACAACUGGAGCUGGUUAUGUGCAGAAUUCGUGAAGAAUCCAACAUCGACGAAUUGAGGCAGAAACUCCAAGAGAAGACAGAACAGUGUGAGGUGCUGGAGAGAGAACUCAUCGACAUGAGGGACAAACUAGAACGAAUGCGUUCCCCACCGCACGAAGACUCCUGCGCACUAGUAGUGAGCGGCACCCGCUCCCCGACGGCGGAGCUGGAGCGAGCCUUGCGCGACCAGCUCGACUACUCACGGCGACUAGACGUGGACAUCAUGGAGCAGGUUCUCUCUGCCAGCAGUGACAAUGAAGAAAUACCCCGCCUCAUGUUACAUUCAUCCAAAUCAUCAAGUUCCAUAGAGUCGUCAUCAUCAGAGCGGGCACACCGUCUGCGCUCCGAUAAUGACAAACUGCAGCUGCAAGUGACUCACCUCGAGAUGCAAGUGACUCACCUGGAGACUCGCCUGAGGGAUAAGGACGCGCUCAUUACUGAGCUAAAUAGAAUCCGCGACAAGCUAGUCUCAGACUGGCAGGCGGCCAAGCUUCGCUAUGAAGCCGAGCGGGACAACUCCGGCCGGCUGCAGCUGCUGCUCGACUCGCAGAAGGAGACCUGCGAUAGCUUGCAGAAACAAGACUCGUCCAUGAUCAACAUCCUCAAGAAGCGCCUGGAGAGCUCGAUGGCGACAGAACUAGAGCUGCAACAACAGGUGCAACACUACCGCGCGCGCCUCGCAACAUACGAGGCGCAGUCCCCGCCCGCCAGCCCCGCCGCGCAACAUGCGGACACCAUCGAGCGUCUCCGCGGCGAGACCUCCGUCCUUAAGUCCCGGCUGGACGUGGAACGCAGCCGCCGCGGGGAACUACAGGUUGCCCUCGAGGUACUCUCCGCGCAGGCGCAGAGGGAAAACAAUGGGAAGAGCGAGCAGAUCAAUGAGCUGAGGCAGGAACUUGCUGAGAUUAGACGUUUAAAACACGAGGCAGGUCUCGAGCUGGUCCGUGCCCAGGAGCUGCUGCACAUCCAGGCCGGGACCAUACGGGAGCUGGAGCGGAAGCUCAGCGCUGUGGGGAAGCAGAGACCCAUCGAUGAUGCACUGACAGAGAUAGAAGAGCACAAGUCGUCUCUAACCCGCGAGAUCUCCUCGCUCAAGAAGUGUCUGCUGGAGUCGGCGGCCACAGAGCGAUCGGACACCGUCGCACAGCUGAGGGCUGAGAAGCAGGCGCUACAGGAGACAGUGUCGCGGCUGCAGAACCAAGCCCAGCUGGACGCGCGGCCCGCAGAGGACAAGGAGCAGGCUAUCCGCUACCUCCACGGCCGCUGCCUGCGUCUCGAGAGCUGCCGCAAGGCCCUCGUGUGGCAGAAGCGAUACUUGCAGCGCGUGGUGGCGGGGUAUACGCAGCUUGAGGCGCGCCUGCAGCUGCCUACCCGCGCGGGGACCGGCCAGGGGAGGCACCGGUUCAGAUGCAUAGCCACGGUGGUGAUCAUCGUCCUGCGCAUGGGGUUCUUAGUUCGACGGCGGCUCGCGGCGCGCGCGCUCAGCGCCAACUGUCUGCUGAGAGCGCCUACUGGUAGGAGGGAUGUGACGCAGACUCCCUGCAGUGAAUACGGCCCCACCCCGCCCGCGCGCCCCGCGCCGCUCCGCCGCGCCCUUCAUAAUGACUUGAGGAGGCACCAGCUGUUGUCACCACUUGGUGACCUACCCCGGUUCAACCCAAACUCUCCCCGAGAUGACCCGUUCAUACUGAACACUCCUCGAAGCGAAGCGCCAUCAUAUUUAAACAAGGUAGACCUGGUGAGUAGAUGUCUCAACCAAGCCAUGGACACUUCGAGAGACGUGUCCUGAACACAGCACACCCUGUAGCUGACCAGACCCCCGUGACGUCACCCGCGCGUCGCCGCCGGCCAAUCACAGCGCCGCACGACACCCCACCGACAGAGUUGGGCAUAGAUAUAGGGUGUAUUUUUGCAUUUCAAAUUCAAAACGUUUUCCAAUGCAUUUCGUCACAAUCGGCCACAUAAUAGAAUUGCUAAGUAUUAGAUUAGUGCCAAAUUCAAGCUGUAGUUUUUAAUGUGUUACUUAAUUUAUUAUUUUUGAAUAGUUUAGGUACUAGUUUAGUGUGAAAUUUUAAGUCGGUAAUCCUUUUUUGUAAGUUUAUCAUUUUGAUUUUGUUGUCACUCCGCCUAAAAUAUUAUUGUUUAAGUUGUGAACGAGUGAGUGAUUUAUGUAAAUGUUAUUUUAUAACGAUGAUGCCAUAAUAUUACACGUGUAACCAAUCGUCCAAACUUGCCUUACGAAGUAUAAAUUAAAUUGGAAUGUGUAAGUAUAGGUGAGGACAUAGUGUGAAGUUGUUCAAAUUUAUAUCUUUUAUGACGUUAUAUUUGUAAAUGGAUAUGAAUCGCACGAAAGUACAAGUUAGUUAUUGUAAGUUAGGAUUAGUACGAGACGCCAUGACAUGACGACUGUUGACUAGUCGCGCGAUCGAAUCUCGAACCUUCCAUAUUUUGGCAUGAAUUAAAUCUUGGACGUGCAGCGAUAUGGAACUCCUAUAUAAAGUUAAAAGUUUUUUGCAAUGAAAUGCUGCACGAACAGAUUUGUAGGGAUUAACUGCUGUUAUUAUUAUGAUUAGAAAUGGAUUAGAAUUGUAUAACUGGAGGGGAUUUUCUAGAAUAUUAGUGUGUUCAUGUACUUAGAAUGUUUUAUGUAAUGGUAAAGGAUAUAUGGUUUGAUUUGAGCGUGUAUUGUAAUUGUAAUAAUAACAAUAGAUUUCCGAAACGACGGACAAUACUGAGCGAGGCCAAAAGCAACGAAAGUAUUACGAUAGCUGUGUUAAAACGAUUCCACAUUGUUCUAUAAAUCAGGCAUAUUUUUACCCCAAUUCCUAUCGACAUUGCAUUAUGGACUUUAUUGUAAUAACGUAAAAAAUACUUUCCUAUAAAACCUGACUACACUCAUUGUGACCAAAGAUAUGUUUUAGUUUUUAGUAAAUGCUAGAUUUAAUGUUAAAACAAAACACAACUAGAGUUAAAAUUGCAAUUUAAUUGUCAAAGUUCUCACAAAAUUCAAUUUCUCACUAACAAAACCUACUCUUUCUCUAGUCACAGUUAUAUUUAAUUCACAAAUAGUGGUGCCAUAGACAAUCUCUCUAUAUUUGAAUAGACUAGAAGAAUAGGAAAGCGUAUAAGUAGGUAAAUUAAAAAAAAAAAAACAGCCCGAAAAGUUGAUAUCGAAUAAAUUAUUAUAAUAUUUUCUAA